AUGCAAGCCAUUCUGGAUUCUGAUAUAGAUCCUCAGGACAUCAUAAGCAGCUCAAGACACCCAAAGAUCUCAAGUAUUAUUUGGGGGCGGUUAAGAGAUAUUAAUCUUAAGACAGAUGAUUUGGAGUUGAUCAGAGAAAAUGAUGAUAAACCAACUUGGGAUGUCAAUGUUGGUUUGUCUGACGAGUUUAACAAGAAUCUUGCAAGUGAUUUGAUGCUUUACAUUCGUUGUCAACCUGUAGCAGCCAUGGUACCACCAAAAGAGCUAUGUGGUAUAAUUGUAAACAGCUAUUACAAUCGCUUGGCUGCUAGUAAGCUUACUGAAGAAGACAGAUGGACAAACACUACCUCAAACAGAAGAGGAAAUAGAAAGACUGCUCUUAAUAAAAGGAGAAAAAGAACGUACACAAAGCAUAAGGAUGCUGUCACUGAAAAGUUUAAUCGGGAUUAUAAUGGCGUUUUUUACAGAGAUGCAAUGUCUGGUGAUGAGACAGAAACCGAUACUUCUGUUGUUGCAUCUCGUCCUGAUUGGCGUAGUGAUGAGAUAAUGUUUUAUAUAAAAUGGUUUUUCUGUUGUUUGAUUCCUGAUCUCGCCAGAGAUGACUUGGGAAAAAGAGCAAUGCAGUUGAAGUUGCAGAGUCAUGUGUUAGUACACGAGACAAUUCCUCGUGGUUUGGUCACAAAAAUGCCUACGUGGUCAAAACGCAUAUAA